UGGGGAGUGGCGCCAAGAUGGCGUAGUGAUAAGGCGUUUUUCUUGAGUGGAGGUACGGCAACGUGUUUUCUUGCAAAAAUUAUGUAUGUAGUGCAUAUUUUCCCCCAAUUAUAAAUUGAAUAAUUUAUGGAUUCGUUACAAUAACAUAGAAAGACGAUUUGAACAUACAAAACAGAACUUUAUCGCUGUCGUCGAACAAUUCUGAAAAAUUAGCUUGCAAAAGGUCUGCUAGCAAAAUGUCGGUCAAAAAGCAGAUGUCUGCGCUGGAAGGGAUGGAAGUGGACCACACUAAAGAAAAGCGAAAAAUUGAGGAAACUCAUUCAUACGCCUGUAAAGUUGGAGGAAGAUGUGAAUCUUCUCCUAGUACACCAAGUAAGACCCCUGCACCGAAAAAAACAAAAAAUGUCGACCCAGCCGCGGCUUCAGAGCCAAGCUUAAUGGAAGUCCAGAACAACAUUAUUCAGAUUCUUUCAGAAAAAAUCAAUAACCGAGCUGACCACCUGGAAAUAAUGAUAAAGAACAACUCCAAAGAAAUUGAGAGCAUCUGCGAAAGUUUAAACUCGAUUCAUUCUGAUGUUAUGGGUCUGAAAAAUGAAAAUGAAAGUCUGAAAAAAGAAAAUAUGGAAAUGAAGAAAAAAGCUGCAGAACUGGAACAGCGGAUGAACGACCAGGAACGAUACAGCCGUAGGUGGUGCCUGCGACUUCAUGGGGUGGCUGAAAACUCCUCGGAAAAGGUGAAGGAGAGAGUGAAGGAGAUCUGCAGAGCUGUGGUCCCAGAGGAGCAGAGGAACGAAGUGACGGCGGCGGUGGACAUCGUACACCGACUCGGCCGACUCAGAGCCGCGGAGGAUCAGCGGGGGAAUCCACGGCCGAUCAUCAUCAGAUUUAUUUCAAGAACGGCGAGGGAUCUCAUUUGGAAACACGCCAGGCAGAGUCCCUUUCUGCAAACUCGAGGCUUACACUUCAAGGAGGAUCUCACAGCCGCAGACAAGGAAGCAAGGAGUCGAUUGUGGCCCGCGGUGGACCAAGCCAGAAAAGAAGGCAAAGCCGCUUAUUUCAGCGGGGCAAGAGCGUUCAUCGAUGGCAGAGAAAUACGUCCAACUUAGAUGUAGUCUAUAACAGGUGUGUUUGCUGAUACAGUUACAGUGGAGUCAGUGUCAGUGACGGAGGGAGAUUCAGUCACUCUAGACUCUGGUCUUACUGACAUAAUGGACGAAGAUCUGAUU